AAAUAGCCGUCUAUAGCAGCAAUAGCCUUGAAAGGGCUAUAACCCAUAUCAGCAGGACCAUAGAGCCAGGUUACGGUUACGGUUACGGUUACAGUUACCUGGCCGCCAGCAACUGAUUGGGGCCAGAGCGAACAUUUUGAUGAUGACGCUGAUGAUGCAGUUACAAAUGCAGCAGCAGUUCUGUUAUAAAUAACACAAGGACAUGGAUGGGCGCAAUGAACGCGUUUACGACGAGGACAAAGGCGCAGGCAACAGCAACUACAACAACAACAGCAGCAGAAGCAGAAGCAACGGCAGAAGCAACGGCAGUUGCAACGGCAUGUGUGACAGAAAUAAAUGCAGCCGUGUACAACAACAUUUGCAAGUGCUGCUAAAAUUAAAAUACUUAUAGUUGUUUAUUGUAUCAUAUUUAAUGCAAUUGCACUCGAGUGCACGAACAAGUGACACCUAAGUGAAUUUCUCAGAUAAUUGCCUCGUGCGCCAAAAAGUAGACAACAACAGCAACAACAACAAAAAAAACUAAAACUAAACGACGAAAAACGCGCGCACGCACACACACACACACACACACACACACAGCAACGGCCAAGACUUUGAUUAGGCAGCGCCUGAAGCUGUCAGCGCGCGUGUGUGUGUGUGCAGGAGAGCAAGCGAGAGCGAGCGAGAGCGGAAGAGAGGCAGUUAGAGUGAAAGUGGCAGGCGGCCAAGGUGUCGAGUUUCAAGUGUUUCUGUUUGCACGUCGUGUGUGCGCGUGUGUGUGUGUUAGUUACUGCGCUUAACCUGAUUUACAAAAGUUUUGUCCUUUCAACGUAAACGGCCAACGCACACACACACACACACACAUAUGGAAGUCUGCAGCUGGAUUAGUCACAAUACCAAUAAACCGUACAACCGCAAGAGAAGACGCCGCCAGCAGUCAUCGAGGAGACAGCCGUACAUUGUGAAUGGAAUGCAUGUUUUUAGCCAAUAACCUCGCCUAAAUGAAGCAUGAAGAAACAAAAUGUCCGCACGAUAUCCCUGAUCGUGUGUACAUUUACAUAUUUACUUGUGGGCGCCGCCGUCUUUGAUGCCCUCGAAUCGGAGACGGAAAAACGCCGCUGGGAGGCAUUGCAAGGUGUCGAGGAUCGGAUAAUACGCAAAUAUAAUAUAUCACAGGAGGAUUUUAAAGUCAUGGAGACGGUGGUUCUCAAAUCGGAGCCACACAAGGCUGGCCAACAAUGGAAGUUCACUGGCGCAUUCUAUUAUGCAACGACAGUGCUAACAACAAUUGGCUAUGGACACUCAACGCCAACGACCCGCGGUGGCAAACUAUUUACAAUGUGCUAUGCCAUUGUUGGGAUACCCUUGGGUCUGGUCAUGUUUCAGAGCAUCGGAGAAAGAGUGAAUAGACUGAGCAGCUUUGUUAUCAAAGCGGUGCGGACAUCGCUGCGCUGCAAGCGAACGCUUGCCUCAGAGGUGGACCUAAUAUGCGUUGUCACGACGCUCAGUUCGCUGACGAUCGCGGGUGGUGCGGCGGCUUUUUCCAAGUUUGAGGGCUGGAGCUAUUUUGAUUCAGUAUAUUACUGUUUUAUUACUUUAACCACAAUAGGCUUUGGCGAUAUGGUAGCUUUACAAAAGGAUAAUGCGCUAAAUCGAAAACCCGAAUAUGUUAUGUUCGCACUGAUAUUUAUACUAUUCGGACUGGCAAUUGUUGCCGCCUCACUGAACUUGUUAGUACUAAGGUUUGUUACAAUGAAUACCGAGGACGAGCGACGCGACGAGGCCCAAGCCAUGCAGUUUAUGACCAAGUCCAGUUUAUGGACCAAUGAGGCACUACAAGUGGCUGUCAAACUGGAGGGCGAUGUGAUAACAUCCAAUGAUUCCAUACUGAGCGGCUACGAAGGACAAGACGUCGAAUCGCUGAAUGGCACAAAUACAUCCUCAAUGUGCUCAUGCCGUUGUAUUUGCUUGAAUGGAAACCGGCAUAAAAAGCAUAAAAACGCGACCAGUGAAAACGUUGCAGAGCAACAGUACAAGCUGCGCCGCUCGCCAACUCACAUACGUCACCUGCUGCCGGAGGUGGUGCCCAUGCAGGAUCUGAACUAUGAUACGCAGAGCAUGCACACCAUUGGCGCCCUCAAUGGCAGUGGCCUCAUGACUGGCAGCCACAUGGGCAUGGGCCUGGAUGUUGUGGACGACACAGGCAAUCGUUCGCCUCUCAAGCAGCCGCACAAAUUGCUCAAACGCAAUGUAUCACUUUUAUCUUUUCGUAUUUAGAUGCCAAAUUUGGAGCAGCAUCAGCAGCAGCAGCAGCAGCAGAAGGAACAACGAAUAUGGCCGCGCCCACUCGUAUAGCAAAACGCCCCCUUUUCCUGCCUCUCCACAAACGACUUAAACAUAAUUAAAGUGAUAAAACUUUCUCUGAUACAUAGUACUUAAACCUAAUGGAAUUCGGAACUGAAGGGUAGUGAAUAUUAAAUUGGAAUAAUGAAAAA